AUGAACCACGAGAUACUGCUUGACCUAGCCCAGGCCACGGCCCGCUACGCGGCGUAUGCACGGGCCUGUCCCCAGAAAAACCUCCCGCUGCCGUUCCUCUAUGAUACCAGCGCCUCAGUCCUGGACAACUUGGAUCGGUUGGCCAUCUUCGCCUUGCACCCCAAAACAACCACGGCAGUGCUCCAUGCGUACCGCGAGGUGUUCCUCGAGGUUGUGGCACGGUGGAUCGAGAAGUCCGACGCCUUUGAGGCGGCGUUGGCCGAGACCCAAGGCACGCCCGAGCCCACCAUCCGCGGCUCCGUGAUCCUACUUGCGUUGUCGCGGGUGGUGGCGCUCUUUCCCGAGAGCGUGGGCCUCAUUGAGUAUUUCAUGGCGCAGCGCAAAUUUGCGCUGGCGCUCUUGCCGAGGGCGCCUGUGCACGAAAUACCUGCCGACGAAAUGCAGAGCGUGUUGUUGGCGCUCCACAGAAUAUACGCGUACAAGCCACAACGCUUUGUCGGCUUUGUGCUUCCACAGGCCCUCUAUCACGUGCUCAGUCUUGACGCUGCUCACACCGUGGCCAAGUACUUGGCCGUGCUAAUCUUGGCCCGCUACUUGAACGCGUCCGAGGUGGCGCGCAGCGACAUGCUCCGCACCCACACGAAUGACGGCUCCUUGACCGCACCGCUCGAUGGUGGUUAUAAAAUCGACUACCGCUUCCUUGACAUCGUGGAGGCCAAGCGCUUACUGAACCACACGAGCGUGGCGCCGCACGUGCCCUGCAACACACUGGCGCUGCCUCUCGAGAUUCGCCCGUGCGAUCUCUCGCAGCUGGUGAUAAGCAUAUGCGGCGUGCUCGUGGCUUGCCCCGGUGCCAGCAAGAGCCCCGUCUCCACCGAAGAGGUUGUGCCCACACAAAACGCCGUGACGGUGUUGCGCACCUUGGCCUGCGCUGUGCAGAAUAACCGGCCCGUGUUAUUGCACGGACAGGCGGGUUCCGGCAAGACGUUCUUGGUGAACCUGCUUGCGCGCUAUCUUGGUGCGCAAGACGAUAUCGUCAAGAUCCACUUGGGCGAGCAGACGGACGCCAAGUUGCUCUUGGGCACGUACACCUCGGGCGAGAAGCCAGGCUCGUUCGAGUGGCGUUCCGGCGUCUUAACCACUGCUGUGCGCGAGGGUAAGUGGGUGCUCGUGGAGGACAUCGACAAGGCACCCACCGAGGUGCUCUCCAUCCUCUUGACCUUGCUUGAAAAGCGCGAGUUGAGCAUCCCGUCGCGUGGCGAGGUGAUUCGGGCGCACAGCGGCUUCAAACUCCUCUCCACAGUGCGCACGUCGCCCAGCAUCCGCGUACCGGACAUGAUCGGCCUCCGCUUGUGGCUGCUCGUGCCAGUAGCGCCUCCCAGCGACCUCGAGCUCCGCGCCAUCUUGGCGACACGCUACCCGCUCUUGCGGAACUUGAUAGCCAAGUUCAUCUCCGUCUACAACAAGGUGUGUCACAUAUACGCCAUGCCGUCGUUUGUGUCGUUGAACAAGGGCUCGCACCCCCGCGUGAUCUCCACGCGCGACUUGAUGAAGGUGUGCUCUCGUUGCCACGUGAUGCUACAGAACAAAGGCGUAACGUCGUCGGACCAGCUUUUGGAGGCUCAGGUCUACGACAAUAUCUUUGCCGAGGCCGUUGAGUGCUUCGGUAGCGCUAUCACCGAGUACGGUGCCUUGGCGCCCUUGGUCAGCGCUAUAGGCGAGGUCUUGGAGAUACCGGCCUCCAGAAUCAACUUGUACCUCGAUAGCCACGUGCCGUCGUUCUAUGUAGACGACGCAAAGUUGGAGAUUGGCCGUGCCGUGCUCGUGAAAUCGAAGGCAGACAAGGCAGUCCACACGAAGCGGAAGGCGGGAAACACAACUACAUUUGCCCGUACUAAGCACUCCAAACGCUUGAUGGAACAGAUUGCUGUGGGCAUCGAGAUGAUCGAGCCCAUAUUGCUCGUCGGUGAGACCGGUACGGGAAAGACCACCGUCGUGCAGGAAGUGGCCAAGAUGAUGCACAAGAAAUUGACCGUGAUCAACGUGUCGCAACAAACUGAGGCCGGCGACUUACUUGGAGGUUACAAGCCAGUCAACACUAAGAGCGUUGCCACACCGUUGCAGGAAGUGUUUGAGACCCUAUUCCUCGCAACAUUCUCGCAAAAGAAAAAUGGCAAAUUCUCAGCGCUUCUAUCGAAGUGCUUCAACAAGAACCAAUGGAAGAACGUGAUCAAACUCUGGACCGAGGCCGUUAAAAUGGCUCACGAGAUUUUGAGCAAGCCCGACGAGUCUGACGAUGAUGCUGCCGAGGACGGCGGACCAAAGAAAAAGAGAAAGCUUCGCUCGACCGAAAAGUCUGUCCUCCUCUCAAAAUGGCAGGAAUUCCAGCUCGACGUCAAGGGCUUCGAAUCCCAGGCUGCCAACCUCGAAAACUCCUUUGUGUUUAGCUUUGUUGAGGGUUCUUUAGUGAAAGCCGUGCGCAACGGUGAAUGGCUUCUUCUAGACGAGAUCAACUUGGCCUCGCCUGAUACCUUGGAAAGCAUUGCUGAUCUUCUCUCGGAGAACUUACACCAGAGGUCUGUGCUACUUAGUGAGAGGGGCGACGUUGAAGCCAUCAAAGCGCACGCAGAUUUCCGCAUUUUUGGCUGCAUGAAUCCUUCGACGGAUGUGGGUAAGCGUGACUUACCUUUGAGUAUCAGGUCCAGAUUCAGCGAAAUCUACGUUCACUCGCCAGACAGGGACAGAGAGGACUUGACCUCCAUCAUUGAAAAGUACAUUCUGCGGUUUGCCGUGGGAGACGACUGGGCAAUCGAAGAUAUUGCCGAAUUGUACUAUGAGGCCAAGACGCUUGCCGAAUCCAACAAGAUUGUUGACGGAGCCAAUCAAAAACCGCACUUCAGUAUCCGUACAUUGACACGCACGUUGAUUUAUGUCUGCGACAUCGUGUCCAUUUACGGUUUACGGAGAGCCCUAUACGAGGGCUUUUGUAUGUCGUUUUUGACAUUGCUCGACCGCAAGUCAGAAGAGGUAUUAAGGCCCAUAAUUGCCAAGUACACUAUUGACAAGCUCAAGAACGCCAAACAAGUGAUUGCGCGCUGCCCGCCUGCGCCGUCUUCAAACGAGUCGGACUAUGUACAAUUCAAGCAUUACUGGAUGAAACGGGGACCUGGCGAGAUCUCCACGCCAAAUUACAUCAUUACGCCUUUUGUGGAGAAGAAUCUUCUCAAUUUGGUGCGUGCUACUGCUAGCAGAAAGUUCCCAGUGUUGGUGCAAGGCCCAACUUCUGCAGGUAAGACAUCCAUGAUCAACUAUUUGGCAAGCAUCACCGGCCACAAGUUUGUGCGUAUCAACAAUCACGAGCACACUGACUUGCAAGAAUAUUUGGGAACCUACGUUUCGGACUCCAGUGGGAAACUUGUAUUUCGCGAGGGUGUCUUAGUGGAGGCUUUGAGAAAAGGCCAUUGGAUUGUUUUAGAUGAGUUGAAUCUUGCCCCUACAGACGUUUUGGAGGCGUUGAAUCGCUUGCUUGAUGAUAACAGAGAGUUGUUCAUCCCCGAGACACAGGAGGUCAUUCACCCUCAUCCCGACUUCAUGUUGUUCGCCACUCAGAAUCCUCCAGGCUUAUACGGAGGAAGAAAAGUGUUGUCGCGUGCAUUCAGAAACAGAUUCCUCGAAUUACACUUUGAUGAUAUUCCUCAGGAUGAGCUUGAGGUCAUUUUGAGGGAGCGUUGCCAAAUUGCUCCCUCGUAUGGAAAGAAAAUUGUUGAAGUGUACAGACAAUUGUCUGUGCGUCGUCAGUCUUCCCGGCUCUUUGAGCAGAAAAAUUCGUUUGCUACUCUAAGGGAUUUGUUCAGAUGGGCAUUAAGAGAUGCUGUUGGAUACGAAGAAUUGGCUGCCAACGGCUACAUGUUGCUUGCGGAAAGAGUCAGAUCCCAAGAGGAGAAGCUUGUGGUAAAGGAAACGAUCGAGAAGGUCAUGAGAGUAACUCUCAACAUGGACGAGUACUACGAGAAGUUGGAAAACAAGCAACUAAUGGAACUUGAGCUGUCUGUGGUAUGGACAAAGGCCAUGCGGAGACUUGCUGUGUUGGUUGAGAUGUCGAUAAAGUACAAGGAGCCUCUUCUAUUGGUUGGUGAAACCGGGUGUGGUAAGACUACUGUCUGCCAAAUUCUUGCACAGCUUCUUCAGCGUGAGUUGAUCACCGUCAAUGCCCACCAAAACACUGAAACUGGUGACAUCUUGGGUGCUCAAAGACCAAUUAGGAAUCGCUUUGAAACUAGGUCGGAAUUGCUCAAGGCUCUUCUUUCAUUCUUUGACUUGAUGAAAAUAGAUGUGUCGCUUGAGCAGUCAAAGGUUGAGGACUUGGUAAAGAAGUACGAACGUGUCAAGAGAACACUAAUUGAAGUUCCAAACGAGGCGAUCGAAGUGUCCUUACUUGAAACAAUUGAUGAACAUAUUCGUACCUCGUCCUCAUUGUUUGAGUGGGCUGAUGGGCCUUUGAUCAACGCGAUGAAGCAAGGUGAGUUUUUCUUACUUGACGAAAUUUCUUUGGCGGACGACUCUGUGUUGGAAAGAUUGAAUUCCGUUCUCGAACCAGAAAGAAGUUUGUUGUUGGCCGAAAAGGGCACUGAAGACUCGUUUCUUGCUGCCGAGGAAACUUUCCAGUUCUUGGCAUCAAUGAAUCCUGGUGGGGACUAUGGAAAGAAGGAAUUAUCUCCAGCAUUGAGAAACAGAUUUACUGAGAUCUGGGUUCCGUCUAUGGAUGAUUUCAACGACGUCCAACAAAUUGUUGAAUCACGCUUAAAGUCCGAAAACCGCCAUCUUAGUGUACCUUUGGUCAAAUUCUCUGAGUGGUUCGGAAGACGUUUGGGCAAUGGAAAUGCAAACAGUGGUGUCAUUUCACUUCGUGACAUUUUGGCAUGGGUUGAGUUUAUCAAUUCGUGUGACCUGACGUUUUCGGACAAAUUGGCUUUGGUGAAUGGUGCCAUGAUGGUGUUUAUUGAUGCCUUGGGCACUAAUAACACUGCCUAUCUUGCGGAUAAUCAGGAGAGGCUCCUCGAGUAUAAGCAAGAGUGUCUUCAAAUGUUGUGCCUGCUCAUUGGGUCUGACACAGACGAAAACUCCUUUCGUUGUACUCCUACUAUUGAAGUGAAGGACAACUGCUUAAAAGCAGGCAUGUUCCAGAUUCCUAGGAAGCCAGAAACUGAAUGGGAAGAGCUGUUUAAUUUACUGGCACCCACUACGGCCGCAAAUGCAAUGCGGGUCAUAAGAGCCAUGCAGGUUCACAAGCCCAUUUUGCUCGAGGGAAGUCCUGGUGUUGGAAAAACUAGUUUGAUUUCUGCUAUUUCUAAAGCCACCGGAAAUCCGCUCAUUAGGAUCAACUUGUCCGAACAAACUGACUUGAUCGAUUUGUUUGGGUCUGACGCGCCAGUGGAAGGCGGAAAUACUGGUGAAUUUGUGUGGAGAGAUGCGCCAUUUCUCCGUGCAAUGAAAAAUGGUGAAUGGGUGCUUCUCGAUGAAAUGAAUUUAGCCUCUCAAUCCGUUUUAGAGGGUUUAAAUGCCUGUUUGGAUCACAGAGGAGAGGCCUAUAUCCCAGAAUUGGACAGAUCAUUUCCUCGCCAUCCGCAAUUUAAGGUAUUCGCGGCGCAAAACCCGCAAUACCAAGGUGGUGGUAGAAAAGGUUUACCCAAGUCUUUCGUAAAUCGUUUCUCUGUGGUUCACAUGGACGUUUUGAAAAACGAGGAUUUGAUGCUCAUCUCCGCUCAGAUUUUCCCCAAUGUACCGCGUGAUGAUUGCUCUAAAAUUAUCAGUUUUAUGACUAAGUUAGAGGAAGAGGUUGUGGUGCAGAAGAAGUGGGGCAUGUCGGGUGGUCCAUGGGAGUUCAAUUUGCGUGACACGUUGCGCUGGCUUGGUCUUUACAGCUCCAAAUAUAACUUAAGCCACGCCAGUGACAAUUCCGUCGGCGACUUUUUGGACAUGAUUGUUUGCCACAGAUUCCGUACUCCAGAGGAUCGCCAACAUGUCGAGGAACUCUUUGAGUCGAUUUUCGGCCCACAAAGAAAAAAAGAUGCAUUUUAUGGAAUGGGUGAAGAGUAUGUUCAGGCUGGAGGCUCUCUCAUGAAAAGAAGCCAGCUUCUUCAGUUUUCUAACUCGUCUGAUCGAUUGCAAUUUGUCACCUUGCAAACAAACUUCCCUAUUCUAGAGUCUGCUAUGAGAAGUGUCAAUGAGAACAUUCCGCUCAUUUUGACCGGUCCAUCCAAUGCAGGUAAAACCGAGCUCAUCAGGUUCUUAGCGAAUAUUGUUGGGGUAAAGCUUUCAGAAUUCUCGAUGAAUAGUGAUGUUGACAGUAUGGACAUCUUAGGUGGCUAUGAACAAGUGGAUCUUACCCGUUCCAUCAAUGCGCUUACACUUGAGAUACACCAGCUACUCAAUGAAUUGGUGGUUGUGAAUUUAAAAGAAUCUGGGUCGGAACCAGCUUCGCUUUUGAGUUGCUUAGAACUUCUUCAAUUCAUGGAGGACACUGAUAUUGUGGCUGAAAACUUUCACGACUUGCUCACAAAAUUCCAGAGCUUCUUGACUUUCUACUCCAAUGAAAAAUUGGAUGCUCUUUCUGUUUCGGCCGAAGAAUUACACUCAAAGUUGCAAGAAGUGAGCACGGUUAAAUUUAACUGGUUUGAUGGCAUGCUUGUGAAAGCUGUUGUCAGAGGUGAGUGGUUGGUGCUUGAUAAUGCCAAUUUGUGCAAUCCGUCUGUUUUAGACAGACUCAACUCGCUUUUAGAGUACAAUGGCUCGUUAAUUAUCAAUGAAUGUUCACAGGAAGAUGGCUCUCCGAGAAUCUUGAAACCGCAUCCAAAUUUCAGAUUAUUCUUGACAGUUGACCCAAGGUAUGGCGAGCUCUCCAGGGCAAUGAGAAACAGAUGCGUGGAAAUCUUCUUGGAAAGCUUGCAGAGCAGAGCUACCUCAUUUGACAGAAUGUUGCUCGGUAUGCCUAUCACCCAGGAGUCUUCCGAGGAAAAUCUCGAUGCGACCAACAUUGAUCAGAAAUUCGAAAAGAUGCAAAUGGACGAGAGUUUGCAGGUGGCUAGGCCGAUUUCCGCAUUUGUGUCUUCUACUGACUCGAGUUUGAGGCAACUUGCACUCGUUCACGAUUGCGUUAAUGCAGAUUCAGCAUCCUGUCUUGCAAGUGCCUUGGUAAGCAUUUUUGGCGUCUCUCAAUUUGGAAAGCUCAAGAAAUGGGCGAAAGCAUUCAACGGACCAGAGUUUGGACUGGUAGAAUCAGCGAGACUCGAACAAGUCUGCCAAGUGCUCCAACACUUGCAAGCCAGUGGGUUUGUUUCAAAUAUGAAAGCCCUUUAUGGUAAGACGGCGGCAUCUCUGCUUGUGACUCGCGACUUUGCUUCUAGUCAGGUUUUGCAUCCACUUGUGAAUCCUUACCUCUUGGGCUUCUUUGUAAAUUGUGGUUUCAAUGUCAAUGGAACAAAUGCAAAUGUGCUCUUUCAGGUUGCGGCAUCUGUUUUGGACUCCAAAUUUUUUGUCCAGCGCGUGGAAGAAAAGGCGAUCAACGGUAAGGCGAGUGAACUUUCUUUCAUCGAAAGAUCGGCAGCUAUCGGUCUCGGGAGAGAAAUCAAAAGAGCUCCCAAAAUCAACAUUUAUGCUUAUGUGAAAGCGGUAGCACAAUUCAUUAGCAACGUGUUUGAUGCUUCGAUGAACUUUUCCGAAUUCUUUCAGCAGCCCUCCAAUUUUUACGAAUCUUUGAUGGAGAUCCAAUGUAUUUGGGUCUCCCUUACCGAGGCUUCACAAGAGCAAAACCUUUCGAAACUCAGAGUGUACCACGGUAUGAUCACCUCAUGGCUCGAAACUCACGAAAGUGUUCCGAUUGUUGCAGACCAUUCACGUGAAAUCACCUCUCUUAGUGUCGGUUUGGAGUUGACAUCUGGCUUUUCAAUGACAAAAAUCUGGGAGCAUUUUAGACAAAGCUAUCCCACCUCUAAAAAAGCGUGGGAUAACUAUGCCAAGCUCUUGGCAUUGUUGGGUGACUUUGACGUUUUGUCGAGAAAGUUGUACCCAGAUACAUAUGGAGAAGUUUCAGAACUUAGGCACCAGAUGCUAUCCCUUUACGAAGACAUUGUGUCAGAUUCAUUAAAUGACGAGGACUUGGACCUUGUAUUUACAAGUUUUGCUACUGCAUUCAAGAGGCUUGCUGAUGUUGCUGACGCUUUUGUUGUGGAGAGACAUAAUCUUAUGGAUGAGGAAUUCACGAUGUUGUCAAACUUCUUGACAUUGAACUCGUACUACCAUGGAGAUAACCUAUGUGACCAGCUUUCAGUUGCUUCAUACGCUUCGAAAUCGACUCUUUCUUUGCUACAGAGCUCAAAAUCGAAAUUAUUUACACCUUAUCCAAGAAUUUUCGACUGUCUUUGGAGCGAAAAUAGUUUCGCCAAGGGUUUGUUCACGAAUGUUUUUUUGCAACAAAGCAUUGAGAAAGUGAAUGGAAUCAAAAACCGUCCAGGAAAAUACUUGGAUCAAAGCUUGGCAGACAUGUCCGCUUUUGGAAAGUCUUUGAUUCAAAAUUCCCCUAGCGUGCUCGAAAAUCAGAAGUCCGUUUUUCAAAGCAUUCUUUUCAAAUGGAUUCUUGAAAUUCUCAAGGCCCAUGAUCUAGACGUUCCAUUAACUUCGCACGGCAAUUCAAUCGCAACCAAAGCUGACCUUAAGCAAUUAUUCGAGGUUGUUGAAUGUGGUUGUGACGAAACCGUCGUCGCAAUCAUGAGAGAAACAUACCUUCCGGCAUUGUACUUGUUAAUCGACAGUACUGAUCUUGCGCAGUUAGGUAAAGCAUGGAUUUUAUUUGCGAGUGGGUGUAUCCAAUUAUUUGUUCCAAAUUCCCCACUCGACCCAGCAAUUGAAGACCAUGUCACAUAUCUUGUUUACGAGCGUCAACAGGAAUUAUGUAUUCGGCUCGCUGAAUCAUGGAAAACAAUUAGAUCUGUGAACAGUGGUGAUGAACCACUCCAGCUUGAAUCGUCUUUACCAAAGCCUAGCGAACAGCAAGAAUUGUCGAAAUCUCAAAUCUUCAGGACAAAUGAGAGCAUGGAUGAGUUGUUCGACGAGUGGAAAUCAUUUAUGGACUCUGCAAUUGAUACUGAGCCGAUCGCUAAACUUUUGACCGCCGCAGAACUGUCCACGGCUGAAUCUAACCAUCAAAAAGUGGGCAUAUUUCACAACAACUCGGCCAACUUUAUGAUGCGGUUGAACAGCAAGUAUCCCAUGUAUGCCGACUUGAAUGAUAUUCUUAAUGGAUACAUCUACAGUAUUCGUUUGGGAUUAGACUUGUUGAAUAUUGAGAAUCAAAAUCGGGCAUCAUCUUUCUCAAUAGUUUCGUUGUGGCAGGUGAAUAUUGAAAAAUUAAACGAUGUACCUGCCAUCGAAGCCGUUUUCAGAUCCGUGAAGGCCAUGAACAAAACACUCGGAAGUUCGUCAGUUUUAAGCGAAAAGGUUAUGCUCUUCUUUAUCAAUUUGUGUUUCGCACAAACAAAGAAGGAUGACGAGAAGCUUUCAUUGGUGAUAAACCAAGCAUUUCAGUCGCUUUAUUACAGGUGGUACUAUCGUAAGAUGAAGCAGGAAGAAGCAGCAGUUCAAGAGGGAUCUCUAUACAAGCAUAAGGACACGGACGAUGCAGAACAAGAGUUCAAAGAUCUUUUUCCUGAUUAUGACGAUGUCAUGGACAUUGAAGAUGAUUCUGGAAAGCUGACGGAAGCUUUCGAAGAUGUUCACUACGAGCUCGCCGUCUCCUACGUCAACUACUACUUGAAAGAUAAGGAGUUAUCUCUAAAAAAUGUUGUUGAACAAGGUGCACUGCUUUGCACUGAGUUUCAGCUGGUGAACUCUGACACCAUUUACGGACCAAACAAUGCUUCACAUUUGUCAGCUUUGCUCAUCACAAUGAAGUCUGCUCAUGAUCAAUUUGCUAGCGACCUGAAGAUUGAGGUGAAUUUCUAUCAUGACGCAUGUCCUUCUGAAUUCAAAAAGGCAAUGAAAUUAGUUCUUGCAGUAUUCAAUUCAGUGGCAUCGUUGCUUACUCAAUGGCCUGAACAUGCUACUUUGCAGACAAUUUCCCGAUAUGCGAGCGAAUUCUUGGGUUACCCUUCGAGCUUCCCAUUGAAUAAACUUCUUUUCAAAGUUGAGGUCUUGCACAACUCGUUGAAUGAAUGGGAAAAAUUUGCUUCAAGCAAGGUUACUUUGAAAGCACAUUCUGAUGAGAUCACCAAUCUCAUUGUGUCUUGGAGAAAGUUGGAGCUCACGUCUUGGAAAUCAUUGUUCAACUACGAAAACAAGGCUUUCCAAAAGUCUGUUGGGAAAUGGUGGUUCCACUUGUUUGAUAGUAUUGUCAUUCCCUAUCUUCAAGAUGAUGAGACUGAUGAAGAUAUAAACGAGAAACCAUCAGUUGUGCAAAUCUUGGGUGCCUUGAACAUUUUCAUGAGUCAGACGAACUUUGGUGACUUCCAGCCUAGAUUGGACUUGGUUAAGGCAUUGAGAAAUCACAUUGCAAGUCUUUCUUACGCUGAUAGCAAUAUUCUUAAUGGCCUUGGCAACUUUAUUUCUUUUUACGAGCAAUUCGUUCCGACCAUUGAGGACUCAGUGAACCAAACGAGGAAGACGUUAGAGAAGGAUGUGUCUGAGAUUAUUCUUCUUGCAAGUUGGAAAGAUGUUAACAUCGAUGCGCUUAAGCAAAGCUCACGUAAAUCUCACAACAGUCUUUACAAGUUGGUGAGAAAAUAUCGCACGUUGUUGUCUACACCAGUCUCACCCAUAAUCGAGGCCGGUAUUCCGAAGGAUUCUGCCGUGAUAGUUGCCAGUGCUUUCGAGCCUAAACAUUUGAGGCAUAUCGCUUUGUCUCAAGCAGACAAGUUGGCUGUUUUGAAAGCCUGUCAGACCACCUUAGGGUGGAGCGAAAGACCUGCUCGCUUGAAAAACAUCGAGAUCGUCGAAAGUAACUUGAAGAUUUACAUUGAGAAGAUUUUGAAGAGCCAGUCUCCUUCACUCUAUGCGUAUACCAAGCAGGUCAUCGAGCAAAUGGAAGAAUUGCGCAAAGAAACACCGUCGGUGAUGAACGAUGAAACGAAAAAG